AUGACCUUCGCCCUCAGGAAGGUGGAAACCUCCCCGGUUGGUGGUGACCUCUUCUACCCUGGUGUAAGCCUCAGGUUGAUCAUCUGUGCUCCUCAGGUGGUGGCUUCUCAUCUGGUUCAGAUUCGGGUUGAAUGUUGGGAAAGUUUUAGCUCUGUAUUAAGUCUUACUGAACAUCAGAGGUCUCACACGGGUGAGAAGCUUUAUUCUUGCUCUGAGUGCGGGAAACGUUUUCUUUAUAAAUCAGCACUCGCCAUACAUUACAGAUCUCACACGGGGGAGAAGCCGUACUGCUGCCUUGAGUGUGGGAAAAGUUUUUCACAUAAGGCUACACUUUCUGUGCAUCAGAAAGCUCAUUCAAGCAAGAAACCGUAUUCCUGUUCCGAGUGUAAGAAAAGUUUUUCACGGAAAUCAGAGCUUGUUAUACAUCAGAGAUCUCACACGGGGGAGAAGCCGUAUCCCUGCCCUGAGUGUGAGAAAUGCUUUUCAGAUAAGUCCAGCCUUACCAAACAUCAGAGAUCGCACACAGGGGAGAAGCCGCAUGCCUGUCAUGAUUGCGGGAAACGUUUCUCACGAAAAUCCAGUCUCACUGUGCAUCAGAUUCGCCACACGCAGGAAAACCAGUUUCCCUGCCUUGAGUGCGGGAAAGGUUUUUCAGAUGAGGCCACAUUUUCUAUACAUCAGAAAUUACACCUGGGGCAGAAACCGUAUUCCUGUCCUCAGUGCAGUAAAUGUUUUCUACGCAAGUCACACCUUGUUAUACAUCAGAGAUCUCACACGGGGGAGAAGCCGUAUUUUUGCUCUGAGUGCGGGAAAAGCUUUUCAGAGAAGUCCAAGCUUUCUAGACAUCAGCGAUCGCACACGGGGGAGAAGCCAUAUAGCUGUACUGAGUGUGGAAAAUGUUUUUCAGAAAAGUCCGGUCUUACUGUACAUCAGAGAAGCCACAUGCAGGAAAAGCAGUUUACCUGCCCUGAGUGCGGGAUUUGUUUCUCACAGAAGACCAACUUUUACAGACAUCAGAAAUUACACAUGGAUGAGAAGCCGUAUGCCUGCUCCGAGUGCGGGAAAAGUUUCCCACUAAAAUCAGAACUUAAUAUACAUCAAACAUCUCACAAAGGGAAGGAGUCAUAUUCCUGUCACGAGUGCGGAAAAAGUUUUAAAUGGAAAGCAGACCUUGCUGUACAUCGAAGAUAUCACACAGGGGAGAAGCCGUAUGUCUGUCAGGAGUGUGGGAAACGGUUUUCACAGAUGGGCCAUCUUAACACUCACAAGAGGAUUCACACGGGGGAAAAGCCAUAUGCCUGCCCUGAGUGCGGGAAAAGUUUUUCACAAAUGGGCCAUCUUAAUAGUCAUAUGAGGAUUCACACAGGGGAGAAGCCGUAUUCCUGCCUCAAGUGCGGGAAAAGUUUUUCAGAGAAGUCUUGUCUUACCAAACAUCAGAGGACCCACACAACUGUUGAGGUGUGUUAGUGGCCGGAG